AUGACUUCUUCGCUGUACAAGUUGACGGCAACUGAGGUGCUUGAGCUUCUCAAGAACAAUACCAUCACUGUCGAGGAGUACGCCCGUUCUCUCUUGGACCGCAUCCAGGAGAAUGACGGCACUGUCAAAGCAUGGGCGCACCUUGACCCCGACUUGGUGCUAAGCCAAGCACGAGCUCUGGACCAGAUUCCCGAAGACCAGAGAGGGCCUUUGCACGGACUUGCCAUAGGUGUCAAGGAUAUCAUGGACACCAAAGACAUGCCCACGCAGUAUGGCUCUCCCAUUUACAAAGGGCAUCAGCCAGGUUCCGAUUCAUCUGCCGUUGCAAUUCUACGAGCCGCGGGGGCUCUUAUUUUCGGCAAAACAACAACGACCGAGUUCGCCGUCAUCAACUCGGGGCCCGAGACGACUAAUCCUCACGACCCAAGCCGCACCCCAGGAGGCUCUUCGUGUGGAUCUGCGGCAGCUGUGGCCGACUUCCAAGUAACUCUCAGUCUCGGAGCGCAAACCGGCGGAAGUCUCAUUCGCCCAGCAUCCUAUACCGGAGUCUUCGCCAUGAAGCCAACCUUUAACGCCAUCUCGACUGCGGGCUCGAAACCCAUUUCCCCUACUUUCGAUACGCUUGGCUUCUUCGCCCGCAGCAUCGAGGAUCUACAGCUGCUAGCAGAUGUCUUUGCCCUGCACGAUGAUGAGCCCCCAAGAGACAUCCCGUUGGACGAAAUCUCAGUUGCUCUGAUCAAGACUCCCAUGUGGUCCUCGGCGGGACCUGGCACAGUAUCUGCCAUGAAGCAGGCAGCUGCUAUCCUGCAGAAGAACAACGUACAAGUUGAGAAGAUCUCGCUCCAUCCAGAAGUCGGCGAUGUCGAGACACUGAGUCGAAUCCAGAAUGUCAUCACCCAAGGUGAAGCACAGGUUUCAUUUCUCAAGGAGUAUCGAGUGGACAAGGCGAAUCUUGCGGUCGAAAUCCGGGAGAUUGUCGAAAACACCUCCAACCACACCCACCAAGAGAUGACAGAGGCUUGCACUACAUACUCCAAGAUGAGGGACAUGGUAAACAAGGUGGCUGAGCACUACACCGUCAUCCUUACGCCCAGCGCCGUGGAUGAAGCUCCGCUCGGACUUGACGACAUGGGAAGCCCGACUUUCAACACUCUGUGGACUGGUUUACACAUGCCUGUCAUCAAUAUUCCUGCAUUCGUCGGGGCGAAUGACAUGCCCGUUGGCAUAUCACUCGUGAGCCCCAGAUUCCGUGAUCAGCAGCUCCUGAAGACGGCCAAGGUCCUCGGCGAGGCGCUCCUGUCUCAUGGCGGCUGGAAGGCACGGGUCUGA